CGGGGGACCGGCCGGCGCCCAAGGACAAAUGGAGCAACUUUGACCCCACGGGCCUGGAACGUGCAGCCAAGGCGGCGCGAGAGCUGGAGCAUUCGCGUGAGUGAGGCGGCGAGGGCGGGGCCCCGGCUGGGGCGAGGGGCAGGGAAGCUCAGGCCCCACAGCGAGCCAGCCCACCGAGCACCGGGCAUGCCGGGUCCUUGGGCGCAUGUAGCUCCUCUGAGUGGUCGAGUGGUAAGUGGCUGUCUGCAGUCCCAUUUCCCAGGUGAGAAAACUGGUCUGCGGGAAUAAAUCCGGCCAAGCCACCUUGGGUGCGGGGAGGUUGGGGAUGCCAUCGUCCUUGGCAGCUUCCAAGCUGUCACGCGUCUGUCAGGUGAGGAAACCGCCGCGGAUGGAAGUUUCAGAGGUCACAGGUAGCAGGUGCUGGGGCUGGAGCCUGGUCUUUAGCUCCUGUAGAGUAGGGGAGCUCUUUGCUCCUCUUGCUGCCUCCACGUGGCCAAAGCGUGGCCAGAUUGUGGUGGUGGUUAGCAAUUUUCCCCUUGCGAAGGCAAGCUCACUUGAGGACCGUUGGUUUUAUGGUAACGAACCAGAUUUGUGCGUGUUACUGGAAAGCAUUAGCGUUCAGGCAGUCGAGGGCUGUAAAGCAAUAGGAGUCAGUCCGUCCUGGCUCUGCCUGGUAGCCUUCCUGACUCCCAGGCCCCCAAGGCACCAUCAUCGGCCGGACCUUCGCUAAGCCCACAUCUUUUCCUGUCACUUUUCCUUUUUCUUGUUAGUUUAAUGAUUUGUUUUAGGAUGUAGUCUAAGUCUUUGAGAAGCUAGAAUGUAGAAGGCACAGAAUAAGUACUGAUUAAAAGGACCAUAACGGCUGUCAAAUUUUUAUUUAAGCAGAGGUCUGCCAUCCCCCCCCCCCCCCCUUAAAGGAACUUGUGUAGAGAAGCCAUGGUGUAAACAAGGGUCUGUCUGAGGAAUCAGAGGCCUGGCACUUUGUGGUUCAAUUCCUGCUCUUCUCCAGAGACUCCCAGAAAACCCUGGUCCAAGGUCUCUGAGCCUGCCUGGCUCUCAGAUCCCCAGAGGGACGUUAAAAACAUAUGGAUAUUUGGGCCUGGGACUCAAACAGCCUGUACCCUUAGGUCUAGCUGGAACACCACCAGUCCCAGACUAAGUGUAUUGAGUUUGCGUGAGUGGGGGAGGGGCAGAGAGAGGGAGAGAGAAUCCCAAGAAGGCUCCGAACUGUCAGCACAGAGCCCGGACUCACGAACUGUGAGAUUAUGACCUGAGCCGAGUCAAGAGACGGACGCUCAACUGACUCAGCCACCCAGGUGCUCCCAAAACUUUUUUAUUUUUUUAAGUAAUGUCUACACCCGAUGGGGAACUUGAACUCACAAACCCGAGAUCAGGAGUUGCAUGCUCUUCCAACUGAGCCAGCCUGGCACCCAUCUACUUUUCUUCUUCCUGCCACCCUUUCUGGACGAACUACUGGCCAGUGGGAGAGGUUUUGCCCUGGUCUGUCACCUCCUUCUGUCCCCAAACCCUUCUUCCCAGGAUGCGUCUUGCCUCUGUCUCUUGUUUUCCUCUUUCAAGAGUCAGUGGUGGGGGAUCUCUAAUUUUCCAUUUUCAGGUGAGGUUAACCCGGCUGUCCAAAGGUCAUGCUGUGGGUAAAAAGGGCAGCUGGGAUCCGGUCUCUGCAUUGUUGGCCUGUGGCACUCACGUUCCUGCUGCUGCCCCAGGAUGAGCACUCUUGUGCCCUCACUCCCUCCUGGUCAGAGUUCAUUGUUAAAGGGGCCCUGGCGGUCUCUUCAGGCCUCGGCUUCGUGGCUUCCCAAGUUUACAGCGCAGGGUGUGGGACCCUGGUGCCUUUGUGCUGCCUGUUCUUGGGGGCAGGUCUUCAGCUCUUCUGUGCUCCCAGUCACCAGAGACCUAGGGGAGAGCCUUGCAGUGAGGUCUGGAAGGCUGUGUCAGCCAGGUCCUGACCCGCUCUGAAGGUCCUUCCCGGGCUUAGGCAGUGUUUUUGCACACCACAUGCCCUAGCAGUCUGUCCAGACACCAGGGCUUCUGUCACAUCCCUCUAAAUGUGUAGAUGUGUUUAUGGAACGGCAAACAAGUCAUGCUUUAGUUACGUGUUUGCUGCAGUUCGUGGGGGUUGGGGUCUGCACCUUACUUUGAAGGCUUCAAAAAGAAAGAUCAUGGGGCGGGAGUGGAAAGAAAGCAAAGGGAGAAGACUAGGUACAUUAUAGCAUCAGGGAGCGGGGUUCACAGGGAUUCCCUACCUUCUUGCCAUGCUUUAACGUGUUAGAAUAUUUUUUACAGUAAAGUACUGCAGAUGGGAGAACUGUGUCAUCACCAAAAUAUUUGAGAGGCUGUAUGCCUGGGCUUUUUUGGCUAGGAGAGCACCAGAAGGUUUUUAAUUUUUUUUACAUUUAUUUAUUUCCGAGAGACAGAGCACAAGUGGGGGAGGGGCAGAGAGAGAAGGAGACACAGAAUCCGAAGCAGGCUCCAGGCUCUGAGCUGUCAGCACAGAGCCCGACGCGGGGCUUGAACCCAUGAACCAUGAGAUCAUGACCUGAGCUGAAGUCGGACGCUCAACCGACUGAGCCACCCAGGUGCCCCCACCGGAAGUUUUUUUUGGAACCCCCAAAUAUCGAUGGAUGUGAAUUGUAUCUCGUGAACAAAACAUACGCAGGAAACAUUUAUAAUGUGUGUGUUUAUAACAAACACGAGGUCUGUGAAGAGUCGUCAUUGUGCAUUGGCUUGUUUCUAAUUUAAUUGUUUGCUUCCUAUUCAUCUUAUCAUCUGCACGUGUAGAUUAAUAAUAACAGGUACUGAAAGCUUAAAAGCUUAGGAGUUUAAGCAACUUCCACAAAAAUAAGACACUGUAGCCACAGGUGCCUUUUUGUUUAAUUAGGAACUGACUGCCACGUUGACCUUUCUACUCUCAGCUAGUGUGGAACAGUCUUCCUUUUUUCUUAAAAAACAUUUUUUUAAAUGUUUAUUUAUUUGAGAGAGAGAACGAGCAUGAGCAGGGGAGGAACAGACAGAGAGGGAGACACAGAAUCCGAAGCAGGCUCCAGGCUCUGAGCUGUCAGCACAGAGCCCGACGCGGGGCUUGAACUCACGAAUGUGAGAUCCUGACCUAAGCCGAAGUCAGAUGCUCAACAGACUGAGCUACCCAGGCACCCCUUUUUUCUUUUUUUCUUUCUUUUUGAGAGAGAGAGAGAGAAUGCAUGUGCAUGAGCCAGGGAGGGGCAGAAAGAGAGGGGGACAGAGGAUCCACAGUGUGGGUGGGGCUCAGACUCACAAACCGUGAGAUCGUGACCUGAGCCGAAGUCGAACACUUGACCGACCGAGCCGCCCUGGCACCCUGGAACAGCCUUUCUGAUAGAGCCCUCCGGGAUGUGACAGCUGCUGGGGACACGCCAAGGAGGCACUGAGUCUUGCACAGAUGCAGGAGCAGACGCUGCAGCUGGAGCAGCAGUCCAAGCUCAAGGAAUAUGAGGCCGCCGUGGAGCAGCUGAAGAGCGAGCAGAUCCGCGUGCAAGCUGAGGAAAGGAGAAAGACUCUGAGCGAGGAGACGCGGCAGCACCAGGCUAGGGCCCAGUACCAGGACAAGCUGGCCCGGCAGCGCUACGAGGACCAGCUGAAGCAGCAGCAACUUCUCAAUGAGGAGAAUUUAAGGAAGCAGGAGGAGUCUGUGCAGAAGCAGGAGGCCAUGCGGCGAGCCACCGUGGAACGGGAGAUGGAACUUCGGCACAAGAACGAGAUGCUGCGGGUGGAGGCCGAGGCGCGCGCCCGAGCCAAGGCCGAGCGUGAGAACGCAGACAUUAUUCGUGAGCAGAUACGCCUGAAGGCUGCUGAGCACCGGCAGACCAUUCUGGAGUCCAUCAGGACAGCCGGCACCCUGUUUGGUGAAGGAUUCCGUGCCUUCGUGACAGACUGGGACAAAGUGACAGCCACGGUGGCCGGGCUGACACUGCUGGCCGUGGGGGUCUACUCUGCCAAGAACGCCACAUCUGUUGCUGGACGGUACAUUGAGGCCCGGCUGGGGAAGCCGUCCCUGGUGAGGGAGACGUCUCGGAUCACAGUGCUUGAGGCCCUGAGGCACCCCAUGCAGGUCAGCAGGCGCCUCCUUGGUAAGCCCCAGGACGCACUGGAGGGCGUCGUCCUCAGUCCCAGCCUGGAAGCGCGCGUGCGAGACAUUGCCAUUGCGACAAGGAACACCAAGAAGAACCGAAGCCUCUAUAGGAACAUUCUGAUGUAUGGGCCUCCUGGCACCGGCAAGACGCUGUUUGCCAAGAAACUCGCGCUGCACUCGGGCAUGGACUAUGCCAUCAUGACAGGUGGGGAUGUGGCCCCCAUGGGGCGGGAUGGCGUGACUGCUAUGCACAAGGUCUUCGACUGGGCCAGCACCAGCCGGCGAGGCCUCCUGCUCUUCGUGGAUGAAGCAGAUGCCUUCCUCAGGAAGCGAGCGACUGAGAAGAUAAGCGAGGACCUCAGGGCCACCCUGAAUGCAUUCCUGCACCGGACAGGGCAGCACAGCAGCAAGUUCAUGCUGGUUCUGGCCAGCAACCAGCCCGAGCAGUUUGACUGGGCCGUCAACGACCGCAUCGACGAGAUGGUCCGCUUCGAUCUGCCGCGGCAGGAAGAGCGGGAACGCCUGGUGAGGAUGUAUUUUGACAAGUAUGUUCUGAAGCCAGCCACAGAAGGAAAGCAGCGCUUGAAGCUGGCUCAGUUUGACUACGGGAAGAAGUGCUCAGAGAUCGCACACCUGACGGAGGGCAUGUCGGGUCGGGAGAUCUCCCAGCUUGCCGUGGCAUGGCAGGCCAUGGCAUAUGCCUCUGAGGAUGGAGUCCUCACUGAGGCCAUGGUGGAUGCCCGGGUCCAGGAUGCCAUCCAGCAGCACCAGCAGAAGAUGCAGUGGCUGAAGGCUGAGGGAGCCAGGCCUGAGGGUGGCCAGGCUGCGUGAACUGGCCCUGGUACCUGGGGCACGCAAGCCAGGUGGCUUUGCCGGGAAGAAGCCCCAAGAUGCCCGCCUCUCCCUGUGGCGGGCCUACACAGCCGCCCACCUCAGCAGUUUUAAGUACUUCUCCAGUCAGGGCCAGGACAGCAUUGAAGGCCUCUGCUUGGGACCAGCCGCAGCUGUGGCGUCUUUGUGGCGGGGCUGGCUCCUCUCUCUGCCGGGCUGGGGCCGCCCCCUGCCCCCCAGGACACAGCCGGGAGACGGGAGUCUCCAAGCCGGGCUGAGUGGGGGAGAAGCCACUGUCCCCAUGCCCAGGGACAGUGUCCAAGCUGCCUAAGCUCCCGUGGCCAGCUGCUGCAUCUGUGACCGGCAGUACAGGGGGCCUGGCUGAGAGAGCUGGGCCCGCGUGGGGGGCUUGACCCUGCCCAGGCCCACCCAGCAGGUGAGGGGUGAGCAGAGUAGGCCCCCGUGCUGCCUGGUGGGAGUUGCUCUCCCCUGUGCUAGGGAGGAGGACGUACCCUGCACACGUCUGACUGUGAUACACCCCGGGGGUAAGAACUAGCUGCCAGCAACUGGUGGGGUUGCCCACGAGGCCCAAGACCCCCUGGCCAGGACCAUCGGGGGGGGGGGGGGGUUCCUGCCCUAGUCCACAGGAUCUGCAGCCCUCCCUCCAUUGGGUGGGGGUCUUUUUAUCUAGAAUCUAAUAAAAACUCUGACAGGAUACCUCACAACGUGUGUAUCUCAUGGCUG